AUGUCCCUGCGAUCCGGAUCAGAUGAGCAGCCAAAUCUGAUCCUCGCGCUGAUCUCAAGGGGUGAGCUCUCUCCUGCCGAGAGAAUUCACUACACGGAUGCUGUCCGAUGCUUGAUGCGUCUCCCGCCCAAGUUGGCCGCUGUGGGCAGCUUUCCCGGUGUCCGAAGCCGAUUCGACGACUUUGUCGCAACGCAUAUCAACUACACUCUGAACAGCCACUAUAGUGGUCUAUUCCUACCGUGGCAUAGGCAAUUUCUUUGGUUAUUCGAGCAAGCCCUUCGAGACGAAUGUAACUUCGAGGCGCAUCUUCCCUACUGGAACUGGCCCCUCUGGGCAGGAAGACUUGCCGAAAGUCCUCUCUUUGACGGGAGCGACACAUCGCUGUCUGGCGAUGGGAGCUACAAUCCCGCCGAGCAGGACAUCUCCGGUGGAGACGUCACCCUUCCUCGAGGCUCCGGCGGAGGAUGUGUCAAGGACGGGCCAUUCAAGAACACGAUUAUCAAUCUGGGCCCUUUCCCUCGAACCAUCCUCUCUCUGACCGAGAUCCCGGCUCCUCAAUUUGACUACAACCCACGAUGCUUGAACCGAAGCCUCAACAACUUCGUCUCUGCCCAUCUCACCAAUCAAGCCCAUGUCGCCAGUCUUCUUGCAACUCCAGAUAUUGCCAGUUUCCAACUGACGCUGGACCAUUGGCCAGCCAGCCCGAGCGGAGUGCUCGGUUUGCAUGGUGGCGGACAUUUGAGUCUUGGGUCAACCAUGCAGGAUCUGUUCUCUUCGCCGCAGGAUCCGGCGUUUAUGCUUCACCACGCGAUGAUCGAUCGUCUGUGGGGUAUCUGGCAGACUGCGGACGAGGAGCAUCGGCGAGCCCGUGACUCUUGGGAUGAAGAUGGAAUUUGGGAUCUUGGGUGA